CGUCUUACUGCACAUGGAGGAUUCCAGCUGCAAAGUUGAUCACAUCAUGGCGUGCGAUGGUUCUGGCGUCAAGAGACACGAUCAAAGCCAUGGCCAGAGAUCCCCUCUUGGAGUUGCGAUAGCGUGUUACUGGGCUCAAGGGCUCAUAUGCCAGAACCCCGAUCCCAAAUCUCAGAGCCCAAAUCCCAAAUUCCAAGGCCCUGCGGCUCAGAACGCAGCUGCGAGACUGCGAGGGACUUGGGAAGAUGAGACAAACCGUAGCAUACGGGACUUUCCACUGUUGAUGACGGAAAUAGUAUUUCACGCUCUUGGUGCUGGUGCUGGUGCUGGUGCUGGCCUAGUUCCACUGUUCCAGGUCCUGGACCGUCCUGGAGGGAGGUGUGGGGUUGUCGAAUACGGAGUGACGGUCACACUGCCUGACACACUCGCACCUGUGACUUGGCUGGCCCGGUUGCCCAAUGAGCGGCGGAUCCCUCGAGGCUGGUUGGGCUGA